AUGAUGCAGUGCUUGAAGAGGGCAGUGGAGGGGCCCCGGAGACCCCCCGCCUUUCCCAUCCACUCGAGAAGCCUCUUCUUAAGUAAUGGGAUGCUCGCCCCAAAGGCCAAGCCAGGGAAAAAGGGACAAGAUAAAAAAGAUGGCCGGGGGGGAACCACCACGGAGGGGAAGGAAGAACCAAAGGCACACAUCUUUAACAUCUACAGUACAGUCGAGAAGGACCAUGAAAUGCUGCCUGACCAUGCCUACCCCAAAUGGUUGUGGAAAUUAGAAAAACCGAUGAAGAGCUAUGGCGAGUUGGCGCUGAUGUUCCUCUACGGAAAGGAUGUGGAAAGGGCCACGGCAGACGAUUACCAUCGCUUUCGCAGGCUGCACAACAAGAACCUCAUCAAGCUGAACAACAUGAGGCUAAAGAAGUCCAAGCGGUCGACGGUCAAGCCGGUUUUUUGGGACCUCUAG